AAAUACCCAACAACUAAGCAUGGUUUGGGGCAGCAUUUUCCCACAUAUAUUGCACGAAUUAUAGUGUUUGAAUACUCCAGAGUCCAGAGUAAGCCCCGUAAAGACAUACUACUAUAUGUUGCUCCUUAGUAAAGAUCGAAACUUUAUGCUUGUUUCCAUGGCUUGGACAGUGAUCUUCACAAACAUGAAGUUCUUGUGAGGAUGACGCAAUACAUGCGACUUUUCAGAGCCUGCACAACUUCCAGAACGCUCACAAAAAUACAUGGCCACCUUAUUGUUACUGGUCUACAUAGAGACCCUCUUGCUGCAACCAAGCUUAUUGAAUCAUAUGCCCAAUUCGGCCCUUUUGUCUCUUCAAGAAUUGUGUUUGAUAACUUCCCAAAUCCAGAUUCUUUCAUGUGGGGUGUAAUAAUCAAAUGCCAUGUCUGGAAUGGGUUUUUUGAUGAUUCCAUUUGUUUAUAUCAUGACAUGUUGUUUGAACUAAAAGAACAGAGUAGGUUCAUCUUUCCUCCGGUUCUGAAGGCUUGCUCCGCAAUUGGUGAGCUGGGUCUUGGUGAAAAGGUCCAUGGAACGAUUAUCAAGAGUUUGUUUGAGUCUGAUUUUGUUAUAGAGACUUCGUUGUUGAAUAUGUAUGGUGACAUGGGAUGUUUGGAUAGUGCCAGGAAGAUAUUUGAUAAUAUGCCUGUACGGGAUGUUGUUUCAUUGAGUUCAAUCAUAUCUAGCUAUGUGAAAAAUGGGCAGGUCAGUGAAGGUCUAGAUUUUUUUGGUGAAAUGGUUAAGGAAGUUUCAGAACUGGAUGAAGUGACUAUGCUUAGCGUCUCUGAGGCUUGUGGUGAGAUGGGCUUCUGGAGAGAAGGGAAGUCACUUCAUGGUUUUGUGAUAAGAAGAAAUAUUUCUAUUGAUGGGGCGUUGGGUACAUCUCUUGUUGCAAUGUAUGCAAAAUGUGGUGACUUGAACAGUUCCGAGGGCAUUUUCGCGCAGGCUGCUGAUAGGAGUACUUCAUUAUGGACGGCUAUGAUUUCGUGCUACCAUCAAAAUGGAUGGUAUCAAGAGGCAUUAAGGUCAUUUUUAAAGAUGCAGUCAUGUGAUGUAGAACCCAAUGCUGUUACCUUGAUGUGUGUUAUACUUUCAUGUGCAAGGUUAAGCAAGCUUAAUGAGGGAAAGUCUGUCCAUGCUUUUGGUAUUAAAAAUGCUGUUGAACAACCUGGUAAUGAUCUUCUUGGACCAGCAUUGGUAGAUCUAUAUGCUAGUUGCGGGAAGUUCAGGGAGUGCCACAGGGUUUUUGACAGUACUGAAGACCGGCUGGUGCUGCUAUGGAACAUGCUCAUUUCAAGUUACACUCGAGAAGGGAUGAUGAAUGAGGCCUCAAAGCUCUUUAAGCAAAUGCUUGCACAACAAAGCCUACCAGACUCAUUUACUUUAGCCAGCAUUUUAUCGGCUUGUGGAGAAUUAGGAUUUUCUGAACUUGGAUGUCAAAUACACAGUUAUGCUCUUAAAUUGGGAAUUUCAACUGAGUUUGUCCAGAAUUCUCUCAUUGCCAUGUAUUGUAAGGGUGAGUUAUUUGAUUCGGCACACAGAGUGUUUAGUAUGACUAAGCAAAAAGGGAUUGUAGCAUGGAAUGCUAUCAUAAGUGGAUUAGCUCAAAAUGGAAGAUCUAAGGAAGCUCUGGCUUUUUUCAAUGAAAUGCAUUCCAAUGCUAUUGAGAUGAAUGACAUUACCUUCUUGAGUGCAAUCCAGGCCUGCUCAAAUCUCGGAUACAUAGAAGAUGGCAAAUGGAUUCACCAUAAGCUAAUUACAAAUGGUGUGAGAAAUGAUUUGUAUAUUGACACGGCUCUUGUUGACUUGUAUGCCAAAUGUGGCGACCUUCAGAUGGCGCAACGAGUUUUCGAUACCAUGUUUGAAAGGAGCGUGGUAUCGUGGAGUAUAUUAAUAGGUGCAUACGCAGUGCACGGUCAAGCUGAUGUUGCCAUUUCUUUCUUCUGGAAAAUGAUUGGAUCUGGAACAAGACCAAAUGAAAUUAUAUUCAUGAACAUUUUAUCUGCUUGCAGACAUGCAGGCUAUUUGGAAGCAGGGAAGUCUUUCUUUAAGUCAAUGAUAAAUGAUUUUGGCAUUGAACCAAACUUCGAACACUAUGCUUGUUUAGUUGAUCUACUGAGUCGUGCCGGUGAUCUACAUGGAGCUUAUGAAAUUAUCACAUCAAUGCCAUCCCCUGUAGAUGCCAGUGUUUGGGGUGCAUUCAUAAAUGGAUGUAGAAUCCACCAGAGAAUGGAUAUAAUUGAAAGUAUGAAGGAAAAUCUUGUUAACAUGCAUACAGAUGAUACAGGAUACCAUACGCUACUGUCCAACUUGUAUGCUGAAGGAGGAGAAUGGAAUGAAUUUAAUACAAUGAGAUCAAACAUGACAAAAAAGGGUCUGCAAAAGGUCCAGGGUCAGAGUAUGAUCAAGAUUGGAGCAGAUGAUAAAGUCACAACCAAAUUAAGGAAACCUGCAACCUGAUGGAUAAUAUGCAUUUCGGCAAAGUGGAUGUUUCGGCUGCUUGACUCUCAGGAGAGUUAUUGCAGGAUGCAAGACUAGCUAGUUCUGAGCAAGCUUUUUUAACAAUAUUGACAGCUAUUGGAUCUGCUGCGCCAAGGUAAGGAUUUGCCUGAAAGUGCUAUAAACUUACUUGAUACACACUGUGUAAUCCAGAUAGUGGAAGAUUCAAGUGUGCCAUGCCAACACAAAAACUUCUUGUUGGGAAUUCGGGAGCUCAAAAGGCGAGACUGGAUCGUUCUUUCUACACAGAAAGGGCCAUCUUUGUGGCGGAUUUCCUUGCCGAGAUCACUACCAUGGGGAUACCGCCAUUUUGUACAACCCGAGAGGGUGUUGGUUCAUGGUUGAAUCAUGUUGUCAUAGGUUCACAGCCAUACUUCUUGUGAGAAUCACAUCAGAAAUCUUUUAGGACUUGUGAAAAAUCAAGCCAUUCAGGAAAUUGAAUGAAUGCCCAAUAACGUAACCAAAAAACAGACUUUGGGACUCUAAUGGAAUUUCUGGGGAAGGAAGCUUCAAAUCAUUUUGUGGAUAUAAAAAACAGUGAAGUCAAUUAAAAUAUGUCUUUACGAAUAAAAAUUUAAAAACAUUCUACUCCUUAGUUUCUUCUUGAAAGAAGAAAAAACAAGUGUAACACAAACUUCCUUAAAGCUGACAAGCUUAAAUUGAUGAGACCAAUGGAGACUCGCUGUCGUACACUAUUUAUAAGUUACAAAAUGUGAUUAUCACAUCCUAAACUUGUACACUUUUAAGUUCCACGCAAUAAAUUUCUCUCAAUUUUUUGCACCAGAAAUCUGGGUUUUCAGUGAGUUUCGUAACUUUAUAAAGCAUAAAACAUACAAAGUAGUCUAUCUGUCAAUGUAUAUGUCUGUACAAAUGAACCUAGCACCAAUACUACUACCACUUUAUCCAUUUGGAAGUUCAUUUCUGCUACUUGGAUGCUCCCACCUACAAAACUUUGGCAUAGCUGCAAUAUGACUGCAAAUCCAACGCCAUCAAUAGGAAACGAAUAUGGAAAUGAAUUCGUAAUCACAUCAUGUAUAGCCCCAUAUAUUCUCUGCCCUUGAUAUGUUCAACUGUACGGUUUGAAGUAUAUGUUUCUCUGCACCUGCUAUUCCUAUAAAGCACUUCAGCACAUUCAAAGACUAUUCAUAAGCAUCGUCCAAAGGACCAAAUCUGUAAGGACAUGCUUGCUGCCGCAGAGAUGGCCUCUGGAUUGAUACCCAAAGGACAUCUAAUCUACAGUAAAAGUUACCUUACUUCUCUAAGUAUGAACUUAAUAUAUCCUUUCAGAAACAUUGCUAAUGAAGAGAUGCCACCCUCUUAGGGUAGAAGUCACCUUCAAAAUCUGAACUUAAAUUACUAAACCCGGGGGAUUUUCUCAAACCCUUUCUCCUCAUCAAAUCUCUCAUGUGAUGGGCUUGAUUCCACCUUCCCUCAGAAGCAUACAAAUUGGCCAUAAGCACGUAGUAACAAGCAUCAUGAGGAUGCAACUCUAGCAUUCUCCUUACUGCAACCUCUCCUAAGUCAAACCUAGAGUAAAUACUGCAGCCAUUGAGAAAAGCUCCAAACAAACCAACAUCAGGCUUGAUAGGCAUUUUGUUCAAAAAAUCUAAGGCUUCAUCAAGUUUGCCUGCCCGAGCCAGCAGGUCAACCAUGCAUGCAUAAUGCUUCGUGGAUGGGACAAAAUUGUACUCUUGACACAUGCUAGUGAAAAAAUUCCAUCCUUCAACAAUCAUUCCAGCAUGGCUGCAAGCUGAAAGCACUGCUGUAAACAUGACAUCAUUUGGUUCCGGACUAUCCUUUAUCAUAUCACACAAUAAUGACAAGGAAUUUUCGCAGUCCCCUUGUAAUCCAUACCCACCAAUCAUGGCAUUCCACGUAACCGAGUUCUUUUCCAGGAUUCCAUCAAACACUGCACGUGCAGAUUUUGCAUCGCCACAUUUAGCAUACAAAUUUAGGAGUGCAGUACCAACGUGAGUAGAUGCUAAGAGUCCUUCUUUAAUAGAGUAUGCAUGGAGAGAAGAACCAACUACAACAGCUCCGUGGGAUGCGCAAGCUGUAAUCACAGAGACUAAUGUUAUGGCAUCUGGCUGAAAAAGUUCUAAUCUCAUUUGAUGGAACAAUGCAACUGCCUCGUGUGCAGAACCACUGGAAGAGUAAAUAGAUAUAAUUGAAUUCCAAGCAACAACAUCCUUAUCCAAGAUAGUCUGAAAUAAAUAAUUUGCAACUCCUCUCAUACCACAUUUACCAUACAUGUGAAUGAGAGCAUUUGUUACGGCAUCAUCAUCUAAUCGAAGUUUAAUGCAAAGACCGUGAACUGAAGCACCAAACUUCCCAUUGCCCAGCUGCGCGCAUGCUGAAAACACACUUGAAACAGUAAUUGUAUUGGGCAAAACAGCUUCCCAUUUCUUGUCUACAAACAACUCCAAUGCAUCUGAUGGACAGCCAUUUUGAGUAUACCCAACAAUCAUUGCGGUCCAAGAGAUAAGAUUGACCUCUGAUGAUUCUGAUAGAAUUAUCCGAGCAUCAGUUAAUGAAUUGCACUUCACAUACAUAUCUACAAGAGCAGCAACCAAAUGAGAACCUAAAUCAAUACGCUUCUUGAUUAUGUAUCCAUGUAGCCACUUACCCUGAUGUAAGGAUCCCAAUUGAGCACAUCCAGAAACUAAACUACCCAAGGUAUACUCGUUCCCUUCAACCAGACCAUCCCUCAUUUUAUUGAAAUAAACAAGUGCUUCUUCAACACAACCGUUCUGCACAUAACCAACAAUCAUUGAAGUCCAACAAACCACAUUCCUGUCCACAAUGCCCUCAAACACUUUAUUCGAGGACUCAAUAUCCCCGCACUUAGCAUACAUGUCCAGAAGCCCAGUCAAGACAAUUCUAUCAGGAUUCCCAACCUUCACCACAUGGCAAUGCACCUUGCACCCUUCAACAACAUCACGCAAUUCGCAACAAGCCUUCAUCACUAUGGAUAACACAACAUUAUCAUACAAAUUUGAACGCUUCAUACAACGAUAAUAGAACCCAAUAACAUCAUCAUAGAGGUCGUUCAUAAAGUACCAUCUGAUCAUCGCUUUACAGGUAGUAAGAUCCGGGCUCGGAAUUUCAUCAAACACCAAGCGGGCAGUCUUCAGUUGACCAAAUAGGCCAUACAAACCAAUUAAUUUAGUCUUGAUUAGGACAUCCCCAAUUUGGCCGUCAAUUAUCAAAAGGGCAUGGAACUUUUUCAGUGACGGAAGGGUUCUGCAGAGUCUCAGGAGCGAAAAAUACGGAUUUGAAGAGAUGGAGUUGAUUGAAUUCAGACUUGAUUCAACCUGAGCAUUGGUUGCUAUAGAGAGAUAGGUUCUGGGUUUCAGAUGGGUUUUCAGGAGAGAUCUUUGACUGCAUAACACCGAUAAGAUUCUCAUUCUCCUUCUUCAUUUGCCUUGUGUUAUCCAGUUCUGCCCUGAACAGAGAAAAAGAAUGAAAGCAACUUGAAGAAGAAGAAGAGAUGGUUCCCGCCAGAUUGACGUGGAGGGGCUAAUCAUGGCGGCGGUUGACC